GAAUCUGACAGCAGCAGUGGUAUGCUCCACGGCCACAUGGCUGCUGGCGACUGCAACAAUGAUUCUGUUUGCAGGCGGAGCAGCCAACCUUGGUGGCAACCUCUUGUUGAUGGCCAUCUUGGUUUACCUCCCGAUGGCCGUGUUUUUUGUGGUCUUCUUCUUUGGCCAGCAUGUCGUGCAUCGAUUUCGGCCCCUCUCGGCGUGGGUGGACCGAGCCUGCAUUCACCAGACAGACCACGAUUUCAAGCGGCGUCAGAUCCAGGCUCUCCCAGUUUUCGUCGCACGGUCGUCCUCGAUGCUUGUGUUAUGGGACGAUGCCUAUUUUGUGAGGCUUUGGUGCCAGCUAGAAUUGGCUACCUUUGCGAAGCACGGCGGUGCUCAGAAGGUUCAAUUCUUGCCACUGUGGCUGGCACCUUGGCUGCUGUCAUCACUCUUGCUGGAUGUGCUAGUCUCCACGAGUUGGUAUAUUCUUUCCCAUACCGUUCCUAUGGAUCUCUUCUCUUCCACGCCAAUGUUUUCUGCCAUAUUGGGGUCGGCAUUCGGUCCUCUUCUAACCGUGGCACUCUUCAAUCUGCUCUUUGGCACAGCACUGGGCGUUCUUGCGUCCAUUCCAUGGACCAUUGCCUGCAGAGCCAAACUACGGAGCCACUCUUUGAUGCUGGAGCAGAUGGCGUGCUUUGACUGCCGAGCUGCAGAGUGCACAGUAGAGGCCGACAGGAUCCUCGUGGAGCAGCAAGUCCAACAGCUGUUCAGGUCGGCCCUCUGCGAAAAAGAUGUUGUGGUUCUACCGACAUCUUCCACGGGAUCGGAGCAUGCGUACUGGCCGUCGCCGAGUGACAGCAUGGAUGCCGCCUACAUGUCGCGGACAACCCAGGACAGUGUGGCUUAUGCUCGAAGUGACGAUGAAGCUCUGGACGCUUUCAACAGCUACAUUCGCGGCCCACUUCGGACUGCCGUCAUGGAAAGUGUGGGAGACCAGCUGCAUGUGCCAUAUAGCAUGUGUCUGGUAGCUUCUCUACCCAUGAUCUUUUAUUCAACGACUGACACUCUCCAAUGCGAUGCAGCAUGCAGGUCCGCCAGCGGCUUUCCAUCCUUCGAGAGCUACCUGCUACCCGUUGCACUGGGCUGGCUCGGCACGAUUUGGCUGGUCUUGCCCAUCUUCCAACCUGUUUUUCUUCGGAUGCUGACGUGCGCUUACUCUGUCCAGACCCAGCUCCUGCAGCUCAUGUUGGCGGCCCUCAGUGGAAUUUUGACCUUCAGCUACGGCUACUGCAUGGUCGGACUGGUCUUUGGACUUUUGGAUGUAAGCGUCCAGAAAGGGGCGAUUGGUUUGAUCCCGCUCCUAAUUCUCCUGGUCUUCCUCCUUGUGCAGCUGCGAAUCCUUUUUGGCACGAGUCGUCGUUCAGGCCAAGCUUGGUGUUGUCAAGGAGCUCAUCGGAGUUCAGUGGAUAGCACAUACCGGGCUCUUUGCGCGGCCGAGGAUAUCAGCAUCUAG